AAACUCACACUAUUGUUUUUAGCGGCAACAUCUCGCGUGUGGUGAAAUAGUUUGCUUCAUACUGCAAAGCAAAAUCAAAAGCCUCCAAAAUGGACGUUGAAUUGCCUUACGCGGCAGAAUAUGCAAAAAGUGGCCGUGCUUCUUGUAAAGGAUGUAAGACUCCAAUUCCAAAAGAUUCUUUACGCCUUGCUACUAUGGUCCAAUCUCCCUUUCAUGAUGGAAAAGUUCCAAACUGGUUUCAUAAGGACUGUUUUUUAAAGAAACAGCGUCCAGCCACUGUGGGGGAUAUAAAGAACUUUGAAAAUUUGAGAUUUGAUGACCAAACUGAGCUGACAAAACUUAUUGGUAACGCACAAGUAGCCGUUGCUGGCAAAGCGGGUAAGCGUUCAAAGGCCGAACAGCAAGCAAUUAAAGAUUUCGGGAUCGAGUACUCUAAAUCGGGACGGGCAGCAUGCCGUGGAUGCGAACUAAAAAUAAACAAAGAUGAAGUUCGAGUAUGUAAAACCCUUUUCGAUACUGAAGUUGGAAUGAAAUACGGUGGUCAAAAAGUUUGGCAUCAUUUGGAGUGCUUUGCUAAGAUGCGAUCGGAUCUUGGUUGGUUUGAUACAGGUGAAACUCUUCCUGGAUAUAAAGGCUUAAAAGCUGACGACAAAGCGGAAGUCUUAAAAUUGUUGCCUUUAAUAAAGUCUGAUGAUUUACCAGACGCCAAGAAACCGAAGCUAGAGCCAAAAGAUGAGGCCGAAGAAAAUGAUAAGAAGAAAAGGCUAAAAAAACAGAAUGAUAAUUUAUUCAAAUUCCGUGAUGUAUUAAAAAACGAAAUGAAAAAAACGGAUAUUGAGAAGCUUUUGGAGUACAACGGACAGACACCUAUAGCUGGUGAUUCUGAAAAACUUUUAGAUCAAGCAGCAGAUUUACUGACAUUUGGCGCAAUUGAAUCUUGUCCAGAAUGCAAGAGUACGCAGUUUAUUUUUAAUAAAUCGGGUUACCUUUGUAAUGGCAACAUCUCAGAAUGGACUAAGUGCACAAAGUUAUUCACAGAACCCAAGCGAAGUGCAUGUAAGGUUCCGAAAGACUUGAAAACUACUUAUAAUUUUUGGAGCGAUGUUAAAAAAAAACCCGAAACGCGAAUUAUUCAGUACGUGGCUCCAAGCGCAUCAACUAUUGCCAAGGACAUUGCUAUAAAGAAAAAUCCAGAUGAAAUUGAUGGUCCCAAAAUUAAACGAGAACGACCACCAUUAUACAAUUUUAAACUAUCACUAAUCGGUAUGAAAGACAGUGAGGCUGAAAUAAAAAAACGCAUCGGAAAGUUAGGCGGAAAAUUCGAUACUAAAAUACUUGUUGAUACCAUAGCUAUUAUAUCUACAGAAAAAGAAGUGGAAAAGAUGAGCUCUCGUAUGAAAAAAGCAAAAGAGCUUGGUAUACACAUUAUUCCUGAGAAGUAUCUUGAUUCUGUUGAAUCUGAUGGCACUGGAGCCCUUAAUUUCAUAAGUAGCAUGACUCUUUGCGAUUGGGGUACAGACCCAUCAGCCCGUCUGCCUCAAGAAGAAUUAAAGAGUUCAAAGUCGAAAAGUAUCUACACAAAAUCUGUACCAAAGUCGGUGACUCUUAAGGUAAAGAAUGGAUUUGCUGUGGAUCCUGAUAGUGGUCUGGAGGAUAUAGCGCAUGUGUAUGUCAAAGGCGAUGAUAAGUAUAAUAUUGUCCUGGGCUUAACAGACAUACAGCGUAAUAAAAAUUCAUAUUAUAAAUUGCAACUUUUGGAAGCCGAUACUAAGAAUAAGUAUUGGAUUUUCCGCUCUUGGGGUCGUAUUGGCACGACUAUUGGAGGUUCAAAGGUAGAAGAUUUUAGAACGGUAAUAGAGGCUGUAAAUUGUUUUUGUAACGUAUAUUCUGAAAAAACAGGAAAUGAUUUCAAAAACAGAAAUAAUUUUGUAAAAAUUCCGGGUCGCAUGUAUCCAAUCGACAUUCAAUAUGAAGAUGAUAAUGUAGUGAAAGACACCGGCAAUGAAAAUAUUGAUUCUAAACUUGAACCAUCGCUUCAAAGUCUAAUUAAGCUUAUAUUUGAUGUCGAAUCUAUGAAGAAAACUAUGAUGGAAUUUCACAUAGAUAUGGAAAAAAUGCCAUUGGGAAAACUGAGCUUGAAGCAAAUUCAGUCAGCGUACUCGGUUGUUACAGAAAUAUAUGAUUUAAUACAAAAACAUGGCACUAACUCUGGAUUUAUUGAUGCCAGUAAUCGAUUCUACACAUUAAUUCCUCACUGUUUUGGAGUCCAUGCGCCGCCUUUGAUUGAAACAAUAGAACAGGUCGAAAGUUUACGUCAAAUGCUGGAUUCGUUGGCGGAGAUUGAAGUUGCCUACAAUUUAAUUAAGAGCGAGGAUAUUAUGGAGGACAUCAAUCCGUUGGAUAAACAUUACGAACAGUUAAAAACACAACUACAACCACUAGACAAAAAUAGUAAAGAAUUUGCAACUUUGAACACGUAUGUGCAAAAUACACAUGCAUCUACACAUAGUUCAUAUGAGCUUCAAGUUAUAGAUAUUUUUACGGUUGCCCGUCAAGGAGAAGCUCGGCGCUUUAAGCCAUUCAAGAAACUGCACAAUCGUAAAUUGCUAUGGCACGGUUCUCGACUAACAAACUUUGUUGGAAUAUUGUCGCAUGGCCUGAAAAUUGCUCCGCCCGAAGCUCCGCCAACUGGCUACAUGUUCGGCAAGGGUAUUUAUUUUGCAGAUAUGGUGUCCAAAUCAGCAAAUUAUUGUUGUACCAGUCAGCACAACUCUACGGGCCUUAUGUUAUUGUCUGAAGUGGCCUUGGGUGACAUGAUGGAAUGUACGGCCUCUAAAUAUGUGGAAAAAUUACCAAAAGGUAAACAUAGCUGCUUUGGCCAUGGUCGCACGAUGCCAGAUCCAAAAGGCUCACUUGUACGGGAUGAUGGUGUAGAAAUUCCACUUGGAAAUCCUGUGACUGAUGAAAAAUUGAAGUCAUCGUUGCUGUAUAAUGAGUAUAUCGUAUAUGAUAUUGCACAGGUUAAUGUUCAAUAUUUGUUCCGCAUGGAGUUUAAGUACAAAUAUUAACUAAUUGCUUAUGAAAAUCAGCCAAAAUAAAUAAUUUUUUUCAACUUA